AUGUCGUCCAUCAACGACAAAAUCAAAACAAACCUAGAGAAGUUUAACGAACACGUGAAGAGAACUAGUGAGAGAUUGACCAACCGCGCAGGAUCAACUCCCCUCGAAGACAGAUCGAAUGUGGUGAUGCCAGAUCUACCGACUCCGGAUCCAAAUGCUCCACGACAGACAACAUCUAGAAGUAGAGGAAGAGGUCGAGGGAAGAAAUCAGCUCCGGUUAACACCAGAUCCAGCGCAGCAGCCCGCGCUGCUGCAGCCUCUUUGUCUGAAGCAAACGCAAAUAACCUAUCGGGAAUCGAAAACUCUGGAGACCAAACCAGUACUACGGAGCCAACUACCAACACUGGAGUUAACGCCACCCAAGAACAAGCUGAUGGUACUACUCAGCCCUCUCAACCCACUGGGUUGAUUUCAAGAGAUCAAGUUAAUACGGGUGUAACACAGAUGUUCGGACUGUUAUUCAGGGAUCAGUUACUGACCGGAAAAUUUUUCAUGUCAUCAGCCAAUCGCUCACCUGCUAGACGCAACACAAGCACUGGUGUCGGUUUAAGUCCACCUUGUGGUUUCCACUCUUGGUUGGCAGCCAACGGAUUGACCGUGGGACCUGCUCCUAACCCGUCAACUACGGCCGAUGACCCGUCCAACACGAACACAUCAACUCGGCUCAGAUCACAUGUCAAUGCUAUCUCGUCAGUUGUUACUCCGACCAAUCAAUCAGACUCAACCCCAGUCGAGCCCAGACGCAGGCUGGUAGGUUUUGUGGAUUUAAGCAAAGACGACGAUACAUCGAAAACGUCUACUGAGGAACCUGUCGCAGAGAAAGAGUUGAAGGUUAUAUGUGAUGAAGGCGGUAUCGACUCAAACGGAUUAGUAGCGUUGUCACCGUGGUUCGAUACUAAAAUGACAGCUCUAAAAGGCUACCUUCCCCUAUCCAUCUUUAAUACCCAAUGGUUACACCAAGACUUGGUAACCCAGUCCUUUCGUCGAUGUACCACGAAAGAAAAGCUUGAAGAAUCUUAUGUCGGUCACGACGUUCCAGUUGAAUGGAAAAUGUCGUUUGGUGAAUGGGUAGUUGCCUUCGACCUUUAUGUCGCUUAUUUACGUCAUUACACCCACGAAGACACGGCUAAUAAGAUGGCCAUACAUAAGCAAAAUGUCCUCGACAUCAUGAAAGAGAACGUUAAUUGGCCGAUGGCGUUCCGCUAUGACAUUGCCAUACGUACCUCAGUUUUAACCAUCCGAAAGGCCAACGGUAACUUAGCGAAUCCAGCUGUACGCAACAUCACAAUCAAGCGACAAUGCUUCCGUGAUACCGAACGCUAUAAUGAUUUCCUUCCCAUCUAUGCCGGUUCGAAUCCCUAUGCUACCGGUGGGCCAAAGGAACACAUUAACCCAAUUACCGGUGAACCACUCAGGAACGGCUCGUUCACUCAACAUACUAACCUAACGCCACGUCAAACUCAAGGAUCUAAUGUCGGACAAACCUUUGGCCCCACCCACGUCGGCAAACCGAACGCCAGAUCAUGGGCCCAUUCAAACCAACCGUUGUAUAACGGUCCAGGCGCAGUUGGUUACACCAGUCACGGAGACGACCGCCGAAAUGGAGGUUGUAACACUCGUGGACGAGGUAGAAACGGUGGUUAUUUCAUGGGUAGCGGUGGAGGCAGAGAUACAAGCCCUCCUCCUCGCUGGAACGGGGAUAACUCUCGUCGAGGCGAAGGAAGCAACUCGUGGAGACGAGAUGACAGACGCAAUGAUCGUCGAACAGACAAAAGAGAUUUCAAUAAAGGCCCUAAACCAUACGGGGGAAACGGAAAGGCAAAAUUAGGAAAGGUCCCUACCGCUCAGAUGAGGCUGUAUACCUUUGUUUUGAGUCAUCGAGGUUUCUUGAUUUGUACCUGUUUUUAG